ACACACAAAAACCCCAUCAAAGGAAUACGACAAGCAUAACACAAGAGAGAGAGUGUUUGUAUUUUUUGUGUGUUUUUUCUUUCUCUCUGUAAACUCUCUCACUCAAUUUUAGAGCUUAACACAGAAACCUUUCCGAUUAAGCAAACCCUUUUUUCUCUCUCUAAAAUCUCGCAACCCCAUUUUCUUGAUUCACUUCACUCCCUCAAAAAACCCUCAAAUCCAUUCACAUUUUAACAUUUCCAUUUUUAGCCAUUAUUCAUUCUAGUUCUUUUACAAAAAGCUUAAAUUUUUACUUUUAAGGCUACCCAUUUGGUAGUGAUUUGCAUUCAAGUUUUGGUUCUUUUAGAUUUUUUUUAGGUCAAAGAUGUUCACUCAAGGACUUGACCCAAAUGCUCUUCGAUGGGUUAAAGAGAAGGAAGUGCCAUUCUCAAACCCUGCAAUGAGAUCUCGAAAUGAUCUUGGUAAUGGAAUGAAGAGUGGCAGUGGAAGAGGGUUUGGGUUACCACCACCAUCAAAAUUCAGAAGUGGCCAUCUUCCUGCUAAUGCUUUCCCUGUAUCAGUUGAGACAUUCGACAGUGGGUCGAAUACUGAUAUGGAUGCCAGCGUUGAUUCGGAGGAAGAAGUUUAUAGUGGGAGGUAUUCAUUGGAUUCAUCACCACAAAACAGUAGAAUCCCCGAUGGUUCUUCUGGGAGAUAUGGGAACGUUGUUCAGAUGCCACGAUCACAAUAUGCGAGUGAUUAUGCAUUCUCUGAUGUUAGUUCAUCGAGAGAAACAUUGUCUGGAAGACAAAGAAUGGGGAGGGAUCCGGUGAUGAGGGGUGCUGCUAAUGUAAGGCAGAGUGGUUUCACAGAGGAUGAAUCAUCGGAUUCGGCAGCUAGCUCAGAAUUCUCUUCCACACAAGUUGGAAGUAGUAUCAAUGGCACUCUUCCAAAAAGUAGGUCUUAUAUGUCAGCAGGGUAUGCUUCUAGUGUACCUUCAAGGAUGAAUGUGCAAAGUUCUGCAGAAAAGAAUGGAAGAUUAUCUGAUGACGAGGACGAAGACGUUCCGAGUGCACCCCCGUUUUGUGGUUCUACUCAAGAGAUAAGACAAGCUACUGAGGAAAUUCCAACUUCUGCAAUCCGUAGUACUCCAAGUAAAUCAGGAUCAAGUACUUUGAAAUCUGCAUCCAGGGAUAAGUUUGAGAACCAUGGCAACGCAAGCUCUGAACAAUUUGUUAGAACUGCUACUGGUUCAGAGGCCGGUGCAUCUUCAAAUCCACAACCACCUCGCCUUCCAACAUUUCAUGCAAGUGCUCUUGGACCAUGGCAUGCAGUAAUUGCAUAUGAUGCUUGUGCGCGUCUGUGCCUUCAUGCUUGGGCAAUGCAGUGCAUGGAAGCUCCUAUGUUUUUGGAAAAUGAAUGUUCUUUACUAAGGGAUGCAUUUGGAUUGCGACAAGUGCUACUUCAACCAGAAGAGGAGCUACUGGUGAAACGCAAUGCAGAGCUUUCGAGUGAGGGUGUUGCACCUAAACCGAAAAAACUUAUUGGCAAGAUGAAGGUGCAAGUGCGGAAAGUCAAAACAGGUCUCGACCCUCCUACUGGCUGUAACAUGUCAUCAAUAAUGACAAACAAAGUUAAGAUGGAAUCUGUGCGACACCACUUCUCCAAUUUACAGUCAAAACUAUCUUCUGGAUGGCACGCUCUUAGGAAAGUUCGAUUUGUACCACAUAUGCCUGCAAAUGGUUCUUUGACACAUAAAAGUUUGGCAUAUGUGCAUGCUAGCACACGCUAUAUACAGCAAGUCUCUGGACUCCUGAAAGUUGGUGUAACGACUUUACGGAACAGUUCAUCCUCUUAUGAAGCCGUGCAAGAGACAUUCUCGUGUUUCUUAAGACUGAAAAGCACAGUUGAAGAAGAUGCCAUUAGGUUGCAGCCUGGAUCUAGUGAAGUCCAUAUGUUUUUUCCAGACAGUCUUGGAGAUGAUUUGCUCGUUGAAGUUCAAGAUUCCAAGGGAAAGCAUUUUGGCCGAGUUCUUGUCCAAGUGGCUGCUAUAGCUGAUGAUCCGACUGACAAAGUACGCUGGUGGCCUAUUUACCGUGAGCCAGACCAUGAGCUUGUCGGCAAGAUUCAACUUUAUAUAAUUUAUUCGACAAGUGCAGAUGACAAUAGUCAUCUUAAGUGUGGUUCUGUAGCAGAGACUGUUGCAUAUGACUUGGUUUUAGAAGUUGCAAUGAAAGUUCAGGGCUUUCAGCAAAGGAACCUAUUAUUACACGGUCCAUGGAAAUGGCUCUUGACAGAGUUUGCUUCAUAUUAUGGUGUAUCUGAGAUUUAUACCAAGCUGAGGUACCUAUCCUAUGUCAUGGAUGUUGCUACACCAACAGCAGACUGUCUUAACUUGGUAUAUAAUCUGUUGGCACCUGUUGUCAUGAAGGGAAAUAGCAAGACUUCUUUAAGCCACCAGGAGAACCGAAUACUAGGAGAGACCAAGGAUGAAAUUGAACAGAUACUCACACUUACUUUUGAGAAUUACAAGUCACUUGAUGAAUCAUCUUUCUCUGGUAUUGUGGAGGUUUUCAGACCAGCAUCUGGUCAUACAGCCCCUGCCUUGGAACCUGCUGUGAAACUUUACAAGCUUCUUCACGAUAUCUUAUCUCCUGAGGCCCAAACUAGUUUCUGUCAUUAUUUCCAGGUUGCGGCAAAAAAGAGGGCUAGAAGGCACCUGUCUGAUACAGAUGAAUAUAUUACACAGAAUAAUGAAGGCUGUUUGAUGGAUCCGAUGACUAUGUCUACUGCUUACCAGAAAAUGAAAACUCUAUGCAUAAAUCUUAGGAAUGAGAUCUAUACUGAUAUACAGAUUCAUAAUCAAAAUAUACUUCCUAGCUUUGUAGACCUUCCAAACCUUUCUGCUUCCAUAUACAGCACAGAGCUUUGCAAUAGAUUACGAGCCUUCCUCAUAUCUUGUCCGCCGACAGGACCAUCAUCACCAGUAGCAGAACUUGUUAUUGCUACAUCAGAUUUUCAAAGAGAUCUGUCAGGCUGGAAUAUCAAUCCUAUCAAAGGUGGAGUGGAUGCAAAAGAGUUGUUCCAUUUAUAUAUUCUUGUUUGGAUCCAAGAUAAACGUCUAUCUUUGCUCGAGUCAUGCAAAUUAGAUAAGGUGAAAUGGUCUGGGGUUAGAACACAACAUUCUACUACUCCCUUUGUUGAUGACAUGUAUGAGCGGCUGAAAGAGACAUUGACAGACUAUGAGGUCAUCAUUUGCCGCUGGCCGGAAUAUACCUUGGUUCUAGAAAAUGCAAUAGCUGAUAUUGAGAAGGCGAUUGUGGAAGCUUUAGAUAAACAAUAUGCUGAUGUAUUAGCUCCUAUUAAAGAAAGCAUGACUCCAAAGAAAUUUGGGCUUAAAUAUGUCCAGAAGCUUGCCAAACGGUCUACAUGCGCCUAUGUGGUUCCUGAUGAGGUUGGAAUUCUUUUAAAUUCCUUGAAGAGAAUGCUCGACAUCUUACGUCCUAGGAUUGAAUCACAGUUCAAAUCAUGGGGUUCUUGCUUGCCAAAUGCUGGAAACACAGCACCUGGUGAGCGACUUAGCGAAGUGACAGUGAUGCUGAGAGCAAAGUUCAGAAACUACCUGCAGGCUAUUGUGGAGAAACUUGUGGAGAAUACAAAGUUACAGAAUGCUACAAAAUUAAAAAAGAUUCUUCAAGAUUCAAAGGAAACUGUGGUAGAGUCUGAUUUAAAAAGUAGAAUGCAGCCACUGAAAGAGCAGUUAGCUAGUACCAUAAUUCACCUUCACACGAUCUGUGCAACUCAUGUUUUCAUUGCCAUCUGUCGAGGUUAUUGGGAUCGAAUGGGACAGGAAAUUUUGAGUUUCUUGGAGAACAGAAAAGAGAAUAGAUCAUGGUACAAGGGUUCAAGGGUGGCUGUUUCUGUUCUAGAUGAUACAUUUGCCUCACAGAUGCAACAGCUUCUAGGAAAUGCAUUACAAGAGAAAGACAUGGAGGCACCAAGAUGCAUCAUGGAAGUUCGUUCUAUGCUAUGUAAAGAUGCUCCUAAUCACAAGGACAACAGUUUUUACUAUUAGGCUAAUCAAUACACAUGUAAAUAAUAUGAUGAUGAGAGAAUUAUGGGGUUAAAAUGAUGAUAACAAUCAAUCAAAUGGAUCGCACCAAUUUUUGUAGCAUGAGUAAGCAACUUAACUGCUCCUAGGAACAAGAUUCAUAUGCUCUUUACUUAGUAGGAGAUGAGAAAAAAAUAGCUGACGUUUUCUAAUAUUGUUAUAUACACAAAAUUGCUAUUCAUUGCAAUACAUUGGUAGGAAUAUAUAGUUUCAUUAGUUUUUUCCAUUCUAUUAA